AUGCUACCAAAGACGUGGUUUUCCGGCGCCCUUCUCGCCCUCGCCACGGUUUCCUCGGCUUUUACCCUCGAGGACCUGCACAUUGACGGCGUCAACCACUAUCUGCGCCACGGCAAGCGACAAGAAGCUGAGGGUACUGGCGCCGCCUCGUCGCCAGCUGCUCCUGCCUCGUCACCGCCUGCGCCAUCGCCGUCUUCGCAGCCUCCAGUCUCAACACCGCCACCGGUCGCAUCUCCAACACCCCAGCCACAGCCGUCCAGCGACAACAACAAUAACAACAACCCUUCUCCACCACCACAGACCUCAAACGACGUCCCCGCAAACACACCCACACCCACUCCCACCAGGGGCGAUGGCGGCAACAACAACAACAACAGCAACAACAAUAAUGGCCCUACCUCGAUAGGACGCACGACUGGAAACGGACCUGCCGUCACUUCCUCACCAUCUACCGUUAGGACCGCACCUAUCACUAGGACCUCGGAUCUCCUUUCUACCACCCUGCGCGAGUUCACCACCACCAUUGUCACAAUGAGCGGCGACCAGCAAAUCACGCAGGUCUCGACUGGCACCAGCACCUCUGUCGCCACCACGGGACAAGUCACCUUUACCGAAGCUCCCACAGAACAGCAGGGCAACAAUCAAGGCAGUGACGGAGGCAUCAGCGACUCCGACAAGAAGAUUAUUGGUGGUGUCGUUGGAGGUGUCGGAGGUGCUCUGCUCCUCGGUGGCAUUGCCCUUGUCUUUUGGCGCAUGAAGAAGCGCCAAGCACGUGUCCAGGCAGAUGACGAUGACCUCAUGGCCGGUACGGGCGCAGCCCUUGGUGACAAGCCGCAGAACAGCCCAGGGUCCACUCCCUACGGAUCCAACAUGGACCAGUACUCUAGCCCCGGAGGACGGCCCAACGCAGCGGCCAACUUCUAA